CCAAAACUGGCCGCCGCUCUCUCUUCUCUCUUUUGUCGAUCCUCUCUCCCUCUCUCGAUCCUUCUCCUUUUCUCUUCCAGAGAAAAACAAAAUCGAAACCCUAGCCGCCUAAAGAGGGGUGUUGGUCGUCUCCUUCUUCUCCCUCGUCUCUUCAAACUCGCGUGCCAAACAAAAAUCCCUAAUCAAAAUCGAAGCCCCUCUAACUUUGUCUACCGAGAAAACAACCAAAACUAGUCAAGGGCCCCUGCCCUCUUCCGAUAUGCUUCUCCUCUCUCGGUUGUCAUCACCGACGCUCUUUCCUCACGUCACCGAUCUACGAAUCCGGUCGCUAUGACCCUAAAUCGGAAGCUUCCUCUUAAGAUGAAGGUCUGCGGUUUGCUUCGGUUAAGGCAGGAAGGAAAGGGGCUGAACGGGAUCACCGGAAAUGGGGGUUUAUCUCGUCGACGACGCCGAUCGGCACCCAGACCAAAAAACCGACGAGAUCUGGUUUUGUGCGAGGUGGGGAAGCAUAAGGGGUCGCCGCGAUGGAGGGUGAUUUCGACAAGGAAAGAAAAGAAAGGAAGUCGCCUCCGACUAUGGAAGGUGUCUUCGCCGGCGAUGACUAAUUCUGGAUCCUAAGAUAGUCUAGAUCUGGGUGAGUUUAUCCUGAACCGAUAUUAGUGACUAGGGAUUUCGAACUAGAAGAAUUGGGAAAAUAAUAUUUUGUGAAUUUGAAAUUGGUUGGGUUUUAGUGAAUAUGGUUGGGUUUGUGAUACAAUCCAAAAAUGGCGGAAUCUAGGGUUAAUUGCGCCACUUAAGUUUAUUAUUUGUUGCACAUUAACCACCUAAGUGCAUUUUGUUUCAACUAAACCAUUUAUAUUAACUUCCGGUUGCAUAGUUACCAUUUCCGUCAUCCAAACUAACGGUAGGUGUCAAAAUGCAAUUUUUCAUGCCACGCAGACUGCCACAUCAACGACUGUAGGGUGAGUCACCUGCGGACCACCACAAUCUUUAUUACCCACAGAAUCCAAGAAAUUCAUACGCAGUGGUUAACUCCACAAAACAACACUUCUCUACACAACAACACCGGCAGCCGAACCGUUGACACCCUUCCCUUCACAGAACAUAAAAAUCACUUUUGUCAAAAAAAAAAGAACAUAAAAAUCACUAAGGGGAAUACUCGGCCAGACGAUCGCACGAAGAAUGAAGAAAGAUUGACAUAUGGUGCAAAAAAGCAUACGAUAAGUGAUCUAGUAGACCCCUGCUGCAGCAGUACUCUGUUUCUUCCUCUAAUUCAGUCCCAUGCAAGAGGAUUAAUCGUUCUUCCUCUAAUUCUUUACUUGUUAUUUCCAGUGAUUUGAAACAACUUAUGAAACUGGCUUGUUCAUGGGUUGAUGGAGCAAUAGGUGAGUGAAUUCUCCUUUCUUUGAGUGAUCCUCUAUUUCUCAUGUAUGUUAUUUUCCUUCCUUGACCAUCAGUUCUUCUUCUCGCUGUUUGAAGAUCAAUGAGUGGAAUAUGUAGGUUUUAUUACUUCAGGCACGUGUAUUGUUAUUGUUUGAGUUUAAAAAAUGACGCCAAGCAUUAGGGAAGAUUGGGGGAAACUGACCGAAUUCCAUAAUAUGGUGAGUUUUGCAAUUAAAAGUCUGCUGCAUUUUUCCUCUCCUGCUAUUGUUUGUCAAUAUGGAAGUAGCCGGACUCGGCCCAUAAAUCCUUCAAGCCAAACUUUCAACUCACUUUCUUUUUCAUCACAGCAAAGUAGCCAAGUUCAGGUAAUAUUCAGUUUAAUUUAGAUGAUUGAGGCAGUCAAUAUCUUUGGGUGAAGUUAUGAAAUAGGGUAUUGUUGAAAAUGAUGAUGUUAACAAGUGCAUUUUUCAUGCUUUUUCUGUUGCAGGGGCACCAAACCUUCUUUGCACAAGAAGAGAGGGCGCCAAACAUGCCUUCUGCAGCAUCCGGAUCAAAAAUCUUUUCUUAAGCACCAGUUCAUUUUGUUAGGCACUUGACAAGAACACUUUGUGUGCUUAAGCAACAGAAAAAGGACCAGCAUUUUUUUGAGAUUUUUAGCAGGCCAGAACACCGGUUUAACAAUUUGUUAAGGACCUGCAUUUUUUUUAGAAUGAUAGCAGGGUAGCUUUUAUAUAUGAACUUACCGGCGAAGUUGUGGCCGCCAAUGAGAUUGAAUGAGAGAUUAGACGUUUGAUGGAGCAGGGUAGCUUUUAUACAUGAACUUAUCAUGAAGCACCAGAAAAUGCUUUGUCGCCCUUUAAUAUAUGAACUGAUCAAGUUGCUUUUA